AUGGUUUUAGCAGAUUUAGGUCGCAAAAUAACUACUGCUCUGCAGUCUUUAAGCAGAGCUACCAUUAUCAAUGAAGAGGUUUUAAAUUCUAUGCUAAAGCAAAUUUGUGCAGCACUAUUAGAAGCUGAUGUAAAUAUUCGCUUGGUUAAGAACCUAAGAGAGAAUGUACGUGCAGUUAUUGACUUUGAUGAAAUGGCUGGUGGUCUUAAUAAACGGCGGAUGAUACAAUCUGCUGUCUUUAAAGAGCUAGUUAAAUUAGUAGACCCAGGUGUAAAACCAUAUCAACCAGUCAAAGGAAAGCCCAAUGUAAUCAUGUUUGUAGGGCUUCAAGGUUCUGGUAAAACCACAACUUGUACAAAAUUGGCUUAUCACUAUCUAAGGAAAAACUGGAAAUCAUGUCUUGUGUGUGCUGACACAUUUAGAGCAGGUGCUUAUGACCAGGUCAAACAAAAUUGUACGAAAGCCAGGAUACCUUUCUAUGGCAGUUAUACAGAAGUAGAUCCUGUAGUAAUAGCAACAACAGGUGUGGAAAUGUUCAAAAAAGAGGGCUUCGAAAUGAUUAUUGUUGAUACAAGUGGUCGUCACAAACAAGAAGAAUCACUUUUUGAAGAGAUGUUGGCAGUGGCAAAUGCUAUUAAACCGGACAACAUAAUUUUCGUAAUGGAUGCUACUAUAGGGCAGGCUUGUGAGGCACAAGCUAGAGCUUUUAAAGACAAAGUUGACAUUGGAUCUGUAAUAAUCACAAAGUUGGAUGGACAUGCUAAAGGUGGCGGUGCACUAUCUGCUGUUGCAGCUACACAAAGUCCUAUUAUCUUCAUUGGUACUGGUGAACACAUUGAUGAUUUGGAACCAUUUAAGACUAAGCCUUUUAUUAAUAAAUUGCUGGGUAUGGGAGAUAUUGAAGGACUAUUAGACAAAGUUAAUGAACUUAAACUUGAUGACAAUGAUGAGCUGUUAGAGAAAUUGAAGCAGGGUCAGUUUACAUUACGCGCUAUGUAUGAGCAAUUCCAGAAUAUUAUGAAAAUGGGGCCCUUCUCACAAAUAAUGGGAAUGAUUCCAGGCUUGUCUCAAGAUCUUAUGUCAAAAGGCAGUGAACAAGAAUCUAUGGCAAAACUAAAGCGUCUCAUGACAAUUAUGGAUUCAAUGAAUGAAGGGGAGUUGGACCACCGUGAUGGUGCAAAACUCUUUUCUAAGCAACCCACUCGAAUCACAAGAGUGGCGCAAGGAGCAGGAGUCACAGAAAGAGAUGUUAAAGACCUGAUUGCUCAAUAUACUAAAUUUGCGGCGGUAGUUAAAAAAAUGGGAGGAAUUAAGGGCUUAUUUAAAGGAGGCGAUAUGGCGAAAAAUGUCAACCAAACUCAGAUGGCUAAACUAAAUCAACAAAUGGCCAAAAUGAUGGAUCCUCGUAUUCUUCAACAAAUGGGUGGAAUGUCAGGACUUCAUAAUGUUAUGAGGCAACUCCAACAAGGCUCCAGUGGGAUGAAUAGUUUGAUGGGUGGAAAAUGA